GAAACAAGAAAUGGUGAAAUUUGUGGUCCAACAACAUAGGCACCUUACUUUUGUUUUGAGGGGGGGUCCUUUACUUCUCUUCCCAUGUCUUCUUCUUCCAUCUUUCAUGUGUGAGAGAGAGAUAGUGGAAUUCUAAAGAUGAGUACGAGAAGAAGCAGAGCGGAAGGGAAGAGGAGUUUAAGAGAAAUGAGUGAGGAAGAGGAAGAAGACGAAGAAGAUGAGGAGACAUUUGAAGGGGAAGAAGAUGAAGAUACUUCUGAAGAAGAAGAGGCCGUGGAAAAGAAGCAGAAAGGUAAAGCUACUACAAGUAGUAGCAGUGGUACCGGAGCUUGUCAAGUGGAGAGAUGUACUGCGGAUAUGAGCAGAGCCAAACAAUACCACAAACGACACAAAGUCUGCGAGUUUCAUGCUAAAGCUCCUCUUGUUCGGAUCUCUGGUCUUUACCAACGUUUCUGCCAACAAUGUAGCAGGUUUCAUGAGCUAAGUGAGUUUGAUGACACCAAGAGGAGUUGCAGGAGACGGUUAGCUGGACACAAUGAGAGAAGGCGUAGAAACACAACUCAAUAAACAAAAAAAGACAUGUGAAUGGUCUCAUGAACUAAGCCCUUUGCUUGCUCUCUUCUGUCAGUCUCUUUGUAAUCUCUCUGUUUCUCCACAUUGCUUGUAAUCUCUAGCUAUCUGCUAAAACCUAAGACAUCAAUGCAUAUCUAGACCAAGUAAAAUGCUUUGAAGGAAUAUA